UGGCCGCGCUCCGGAAGGGAAUCUGUCGGCUCCGAGGUGAAGCGAGGGGGCGCCUUGAUUUCCGGGAGACGGCGCAGAUGGAGGCCGCGGAGCCGCGGGGUGUCUGAGGGGGAUCGGCGGCCGCCGCAAUGUUCGGCUGCCUGGUGGCCGGCAGGCUGGUACAAGCAGCUCCCCAGCAAGUGGCCGAAGACAAAUUUGUAUUUGAUUUACCGGACUAUGAAAACAUCAACCAUGUAGUGGUCUUCAUGCUGGGAACAAUACCGUUUCCAGAAGGAAUGGGAGGAUCUGUCUAUUUUUGUUAUCCGGACCAGAGCGGGAUGGCAGUGUGGCAGCUGCUGGGGUUUGUCACUAAUGAGAAGCCAAGUGCCAUCUUCAAAAUUUCUGGUCUGAAAUCUGGGAAGGGAAGUCAACAUCCCUUUGGUGCCAUGAACCUCCCUCAGACGCCAACGGUGGCCCAGAUUGGGAUCUCAGUGGAACUGCUGGAGAACCUGGCCCAGCAGACUCCUGUUGCAAAUGCUGCUGUGUCAUCAGUAGAUUCAUUCACGGAGUUCACUCAGAAGAUGCUGGAUAACUUCUAUAACUUUGCUUCCUCAUUCGCCGUUACUCAGGCACAGAUGACCCCAAAUCCUUCUGAAGCUUUCAUUCCUGCAAAUGUAGUUCUGAAAUGGUAUGAGAACUUCCAGAGACGCCUGACACAGAACCCUCUCUUCUGGAAAACAUAAACUUAAAUUGUGCCCUUUGAAGCGCUUUCUAAACAGUGUUACCUGAAAGAUGCAGCAAGUAACUUCACUGGAGAGGUUUUUUUUGGGGGGGAGGGGGGAAAGAAAAACGAUUAGUCUGAAUAGACAAACUUGUAACUUUUGUAUGACUCUUGAAAACUAUUUAAAAUUGAAGUCCGUGAAAACUACUUGCCUAUGCGUGUUUUCUACUUGGCUGCAACAAGAAAUCAGUGUUGCCUGUGCAUGCGUAGGAACAUUCUUCUGAAACUGCAUUUAAAGUGGGAGAAAUAACGAGAAGAAAAAUGUCAGCACUGUUUCAUGCCUGUGUGAUGUUUUGAGGUGUUUAGUUGUAACAAAAUAAAUGUAGUUUUUCCUUCUUUACCUCA